CCUUGUCCUGUCACUCACCCCAAACCUACCAUGUCCCUGGGACCAUUGACAUUCCAGGCAGUGGGUGAAGACAAUGAGGAGGAUGAGGAGGAAGAGAGCCUGGACUCUGUGAAGGCGCUGACGGCCAAGCUACAGCUGCAGACACGGCGGCCCUCAUAUCUGGAGUGGACAGCCCAGGUCCAGAGCCAAGCCUGGCGAAGGGCCCAAACGAGACCUGGGCCGGGGAGACCUGGGGCCAUCUGCGGCUUUGACUCAAUGGACUCUGCCCUUGAGUGGCUCCGACGAGAGCUGAGGGAGAUGCAGGCUCAGGACCGGCAGUUGGCGGGGCAGCUGCUACGACUGAGGGCACAGCUGCACCGGCUGAAGGUGGAUCAAGCCUGUCACCUGCACCAAGAGCUGCUGGACGAGGCUGAGCUGGAGCUGGAGCUGGAGCCAGGGGCCAGCCUGGCGCUGGCCCCGCCACUGCGGCACCUCGGCCUCACACGCAUGAACAUUAGCGCCCGACGCUUCACCCUCUGUUGAGGGGCACCUGUGUGCCUCCCGGGCCACCCGCUACCCUUUCCCCAGCUCACCUGGAAAAGGGGAAGCGAGGGGUGCCCCAGAGGCAGCAACACCUGGCCAGGGUGGAGGUUGGUGGGUACACUCAGCUCUGGGAGCAUAAAGCCCCCUCCCCGCCGCAUCCUGUCCCUGCUGU